CCCACCAAAAAUAACUGUGAAGAUAAUGGAACAUUUUGGAGUAUCUCAGGGGACAGCCAGGCUCAUUUAUUCUUCACACAUCUUAGAUCUAAGCAUAUUAAAUACUUCAGUUGUAUCAUUUGAUAAAGUAUAUAGAAGGAACAAAAUUCAAAGCUUCUCUUUUUUCCCUUUGCAGAAGUGCUCGUAAUAGAAGAAAGCAGAUGAAAGCAGAGAUUUGGAAGAUGACCAAUUUCAGCACAAAAUUUCUAUCCCUUUUGAACUCUAGCAACAUGUUUUAUUUGAUGGAUCUAGAAAAUGAGGCUUAUAGUGAUGGAUAUCUUCAGGCAGCCAAUAAUGGAAUAUCAGUUGGUAAUGUAUCAUAUUGUGAUACAAACUCCUCAUCUUUAGAAGUAUGGUCAGUCAGUGUCUUGACUAUGGGGAUCUGCUUCUCUGGAUUGAUAGGAAAUGGAACCAUAAUCUGGUUUCUCACUUUGAGCAUUCCAAGGAAUCCUUUCACCACUUUCAUACUGAAUUUGGCUGUUGCUGAUUUUGGAGUCCUUCUGUCCAUACCUCUCAUUCUUAUUUUGUAUCACCUUAAUGUAUCUGUUAUUCCUCUUUACUGGGAAGAUCUCUUUAUGUGUAUCUACACCCCUGGUCAUUUUUUGCUGGUAGCCAUUAGUUUUGACAGGUGUGUGUCAGUUUAUUUCCCAAUUUGGCAUCGAUGUCACAGGUCAAAAUACUUUUCUUCCAUUGUGUGUGCAGUAAUAUGGGUCCUCUCUUUCCUUCUUUGUGGGAUUCCAUUGAUGCUCAUUUUAAUUCAUGCAAAUAUAUAUGAUUUAGCAAUGUUCUAUGUAUCAGCUUUAAUGUCCCUACUUUGUCUCCCACUUAUGAUCAUCUCCACGCUGAGCCUGUUCAUCAAGGUCUGCUUGAAACCAACCCAGCACCAACGUGGAAAUAUUUUAACAGCUAUCUUACUGACUCUUCUAUUUUUCAUCAUUCUUGCAUUGCCUUUUAAUAUCGUCUUUUGUGUUUUUUAUUUGUCAUUUGGUAACUCUUUUUCUCGAUCUGUCUAUGGAUUCCUAUUUGCCUCCUUAAACAGCAGUGUUAACCCACUGAUUUAUUUCCUGGUUGGAAGACGAAAGAGGGGAAAAUACAGGGAAAGCGUGAAGGUUAUUUUCCAAAGGAUUUUCAGUGAUGAGAAAGACUGCAGACAGAGCCGGCCCAAGGUAAUUUUCAAGUGUAAGCGAAAAGAAUUUUGGCGCUCCCCUCCAACCAAUCAAUGAAAAAAAAAUAACGGGGGAAAUCCAGACA